CAAGGGACUGACUGGAGCAGAAACUGUUGGGAGCUGUUGCCAUAGGAGUCAGAGUCUUGGAUCAGUUGCCCAAUUCCCCAUUGACCUUCAUAGCCCUCGGGAUGCUGGCCAAAGCCAGGGGGCCAAGACAAUGGAGCCAAGAGGAGAAGUGGGAAGGAUACAGACCUCAGCAGGACAGGAUUCUUCCAACAUGUCCCUGGAAAACCUCUGCCCCAUCAAGAGAUGCCUCUUGCUGCUUGGGGCCAUUGGACUGCUGGCAGGGGCAGCCAUUGGGAUGUGGCUUCUAGUGAAAUUCCUGACAGUGCCCCUGUCCGACCAGGAUCUCAGCUCCCUGCAGGACAUGGAGUCGAUCCCAACCUGCACAGACGCCGGGGAAGAUGAGCCCGUCAUCACCACGGCUCCCAGGAGAGUAUCUUUCAGAAUAAACACGGGAAGCUUCUUGUUGGAAGUGCAGGUGGAAAGCAGGCCCGGCUGGCUCCUGGCAUGUCACGAGCGGUGGAAUCUCUCCCUGGGGACUCUGAUCUGUAGGCAGCUGGGAUACCUCCAACUCGCCCAUCACAAAGGAGUGAACCUGACAGAUGUCAAGGUGAAUGAUACGCAAGAUUUUGUUCAGAUUGUGCCCAACCAGAAGAGCAUCAUAGAAGAUGUGUGGCAGGUCAGGAGCAGCUGUGCUUCAGGGCGAAUUGUGGCUCUGAAGUGUUCCGAGUGUGGCCUGCGCUCCACUGCAGCCCGGAUCGUGGGCGGAAGCGACGCCCCGUUGGGACGCUGGCCGUGGCAGGUCAGCCUGUACCUCAACUCCAGACACGUCUGCGGAGGCUCAGUGGUGGCGCAUGACUGGAUCAUCACAGCCGCUCACUGUGUGCACAAUUACAGGCGGCCACAGGUCUCCAGCUGGCUGGUCUUUGCUGGGAUUAUCGCCCACGUGUCAGUCCCACAGCAGGCCGGGGCAGCAGUGGAGAAAAUCAUCUACCACCCCCGCUAUGAUGACAGGAGUCAUGACUAUGACAUCGCAUUGAUGAAACUCACAGCGCCCUUGAACUUCUCCAAUGCCAUCCGUGCAGUGUGUUUACCGCUGUACCAUCAGGAUUUCCCCCACGGCACCCACUGCUGGAUCUCCGGCUGGGGCUACACCACACCUGAACAUGUUCCUGUUGCUGAGAUGCUGAAGGAAGCUAUUGUUCCCUUAAUCAGCAGCAAGAAAUGCAUCAGCUCCUGCAUGUACUUUGGUGAGCUCACCCCGAGGAUGCUGUGUGCAGGCUACCUGGACGGGAAAGUAGAUGCCUGCCAGGCAGACAGUGGAGGGCCACUGGUUUGCCAAGAUGAACUCACCUGGCGCUUAGUGGGUAUCGUGAGCUGGGGCACGGGGUGUGGUGAACCCAACUACCCUGGGGUUUACACCAAGGUGGCCGAAUUCCUGGACUGGAUUUAUCAGAUCAUCGAGAGCCACUAGAAGCAAAGCAAGGGACAGGCUUAAGGAGCAGAGCCAUCCCCAGGAUGACGUGCCAAGCAAAGAAGAGUCCAGGACAAAUGUAUCCCUACUCUGAAGCUCUGUCCCAGUUAAUAUGUAGUUACAGUGGAUCGGCAUGAACUGGAAAGACGGAGGGAGGCCUGUUGCCAAGGCCUGUAAGGAGGCAUCUCCAACAGCCCAGGUGUGUUCUUUGGUGUAGCGUGAGGGGCAGCGUCUCUGCUUUUGCCUGUUGCCGCUGAUCCAUAUUAAACAACUAGUGUUUGGGCAAAGCCUAACCUAGUUCUGCUGUAGUGCAAUGGUUUGGCCCCAUGCUUGGGCUGUGUG